AUGUCCAGCCACCUAGUCGUCACCCUUGCCGAGGCCUCCCCGGCUUCACCCGCUCACCCGCCAGGGGAGAGUAACGGCGACGGUGACGAUUACGGUGACGAUUCCGGUGACGAUUACGGUGACGAAUACGGUCACGAUUACGGUGACGAUUACGGUGACGAUUACGGAGACGAUUACGGGGACGUGGACGGGGACGAUUACGGGGACGAUUACGGGGACGAUUACGGGGACGAUUACGGGGACGAUUACGGGGACGAUUACGGGGACGAUUACGGGGACGAUUACGGGGACGAUUACGGGGACGAUUACGGGGACGAUUACGGGGACGAUUACGGGGACGAUUACGGGGACGAUUACGGGGACGAUUACGGGGACGAUUACGGGGACGAUUACGGGGACGAUUACGGGGACGAUUACGGGGACGAUUACGGGGACGAUUACGGGGACGAUUACGGGGACGAUUACGGGGACGAUUACGGGGACGAUUACGGGGACGAUUACGGGGACGAUUACGGGGACGAUUACGGGGACGAUUACGGGGACGAUUACGGGGACGAUUACGGGGAAGAUUACGGGGACGUGAACGGGAUGGCUUCCUUCCUCAAGAUAUGCCAUCGUAGCGAUCCGCACUUGAACGAGUGCAUCAAGCGCAGCGUCGAUUCUCUCCGGCCUUAUCUCAAGACCGGGAUAUCGGCACUUCACAUACCGCCCUGCGAGCCACUCAACGUCCCCGAGAUCGAGCUCAGCCAAGCGGCCGGCCCCGUUUCCAUUAGGUCGACCUAUACCAACAUCAAAGUCUGGGGUGGCACAGAGUUUAUCUUGAAGAGCGUUAAGCUCGACACCGACAAGGAUCGCAUCAGGCUGAAACUGUACGUGCCCCGUCUGGAGAUGAAAUCCGAUUACAAAAUGGAGGGCAAGAUCCUGAUGCUGCCGAUUACGGGUCAAGGGGCGGCCCUCGGCAACUACACGGACAUCGACGUCGUGGUGACGAUCCAGGGCGAGCGCUACCAGGACCGGCGAACCGAUAACAUUCACUUCCGCGUCCUCGAGUUCUAUUGCGACUUUGACGUCGGGCACGCGAGCAUCCACCUCGACAACCUCUUCAAUGGCGACGAGACGCUCGCCGACGCCAUGAAUCUCUUUCUCAACGACAACUGGAAGACCGUCGCCGCGGAAAUCAAGCCCGCCCUCGAGGACACCGUAUCCAAGCUAUUCAAGAACUUCUCCAAUAAGAUAUACUCCAAGUAUCCAAUCGACACCCUCUUACCGCCCUAG